CUUCCAUCCAUCCAUCCAUCCUUUUAACAUUGUGUCAGUAUUUCCUUUUUCUCUCGCGAUCACCGCGCUCGCGAUUCACUUCUUUCUUUCCGGAGGCGACGAUUCGGGGAUGUCGGUCUUGAAGGAGAGCCUUUCCUUCAGCUUUUCCAGCAGCGACUGGUCCUCCUUCACGCCUUCGGCUGUGUGCAGGCUUUCGACGAUCAGCUUGUAGCACUCGGCGCGUGUGAGCCCCAAAGCGGACGACACGGAGAUCCUCGGGUACUGCUUGGCGUACCGAUCGGAGGCAAGGGCACGCAGGCUGUCCAGCCGACGCUCGCACUCCUGAGGGUCCUGCACGACGGUCUGCUCUCUGUGUCGGAACUCUUCGGCCACCCUACGCCGGACGAACUCGCCGAGGCAUUUGCCGCUCCUGGCGGGAUCAGCACGCCAAGCGCAGCAGAUUUUCAAGUAUUCGCGGUACAAGUUACCCCCCAGCCAUUUGCGUGUGCGGACAUGAGCGACGACGCGAAUCGGGUUGGAUUGGAUUAAUCUGGUUCGACUGAAGUCGCGCUCGCCGGAUUUCGCCCUCUAAUUAUGGCCUCCGAGAUUGAAAACGGUGGUCUCAGAGGUCGCGCUUUAAGUACCUGAACGAUACACCGCGAAAAGCUGGUCGCACAAUCAAUGAAGACGAAGAACUUUAUCAGUGAGGUUAUUGAAGGUUCACGCAGCAGAGAUAAUAACUAGAAAAUAAGGCCUGUGACUGUGUGAGGCUGCGCAUACGUCUGAAUGCUUGAAACAGUGCAAACAUGAGAUGCCGUUGGAAUCAAAUAAUGCCUGGGACAUCAACCAUCGGAAAUGUACGAUUCGUCCACCUUUGCACCUGAUUUCCUUGUUGUUUUGUCUAUGCCACUGCACAACCACUUAAAAGGUCAUUCAUAUUUAAAACAGCGCCAAAAAACACGGACAAGGGAGGACACAGGACGAGCGCUGACUGCCAACACCUUUAUUGGAGCCUGCGCAAAUAUAUACAGUUUGCCUGUGGUGCUCGGGAUACCGUGCCUUCGGCGUCCGUGUGAAGGUUUUUCUUGCGGGGAUACUCGGCUUGAUGUAGACCGUGAACGUCGCCCUCUUCAUGACAGCCUGAAAGCACGAUGCCUCUGGGACUUCAAUACUUGGUGACUCUCUCAGGGAAAUAUGUCGUGCCACAAGAUAAGGUGGAUAAAAUAAAUCAGGAUAGGGAAACACGUGGGUUUGUAGCCCACAGAGCUAGUGACACCCGCUUGGAAGUUGAAAUAACAAAUGUAGAGCAUGUUAAAGAAGCGUGCGAAGAAAUGAACGCGAUCGGACACCAGGAGCGUUCCACAGAGCUGGGACUGAGAACAAGCACGACGCGCUUGGACUUUACCUACAAAGUCAAGCCAGGACCUUCUACCAUGGAAGGAGGGUUGGACACCGUCAUCACGGUCAGCUUAGUUGGGAUAAAUAUCAAUCUACCCCGAAAGCUGACAGCCCUCCUAGUAAAGGAGCUCGCCUGAGCAUUCGACCAGGACCUCUACCGACUCGGCCGGGCUCGCAGAUUUGGCGGUCUGAUGGUGGCCACCAAGCUUGAGCACAGUGACAACUGGCGUCCCCCCAGACACAUCGUGCCUCCUGGACUCGAGAGGGCUCUCAUUGAAUCGGGCCUUCCGGCGCUAAUUGGUGCCUACCUCGUGUCAUGCGGUCCUCACACGACCCUUCUCUUCAUGUCUUGGUUGGGACUCUAUGUGGUACCCAAAAACUGCACCGCAGAGACGCUGCCGAACUUUGGUGUCAUGCUCUACGGUACGCUAGAGCCGCCGCUUGUUGUGCCCGACGCAGGACCGCAGCUAGGUGAGCUUCUCUCCGGCUACGAUGCGUUCGAGGCACGCAUCGGUUAUCUGUUUCGGGACCGUGCCUAUCUCCUCCAGGCCUUCACUGAUGCCUCGUAUCGCUACAACCGACUCACGGACUGUUAUCAGCGGCUUGAGUUCUUGGUUGAUGUUGUGUCGGACUACUUAAUAACGCGGCACCUCUACGACGACCCCCAGCGCCACUCGCCAGGCACAUUGACUGACCUGCGGUCGCCACUCGUGAACAACACUUUCUUUGCCUCGAUGGCGGUGAAGGAGGAGUACCAGAUCGGGGUGGUGGACGGUCGGCAGCCGCUGCUGGACGUGGACCACACGUUGGCCUGGCUCAACCUGCUGAUGCCUCGCUACGUGAACCGCAAGGGUGUGACGCUGCCCACUUCGUCGGAGCAGACGAAGCGGGCCAAGCGCGAGAGCCUGCAGCAAAAACAGAUCCUGGUGGCGGAAUUACUGUGUGCCAUCCACCCGUUGCCGGCGUCGCUAUGGCACAAGGCUGCCUGCCUGCCCUGCAUCCUCUACAGGAUGAACUCGCUCCUGCUGGCCGAGAAGCUGCGGCUGACGGUGGCUCGCGAGGUGCAAGUGGGCCGGCUGGAGCUCCCCAAGGGCUUCAAGUGGCCCACGUUGGACUUUGACUGGACCCUGGCCGACGUGCUACAAAAGGCCCAGGAGGCUGCCAAGGCCGAAGAAGAGCGGGCUGCCGAACUGAUGGAACGCACGGGCAUCCAGCCGGUCUGCAUCUCGCCGCCGCCGGCGAUGAACGCGUGGCGUGCGCCCCAGCCCUACCAGCCGCCUGUGUUCCAGCAGGCAAAUUUCAAGUCCAGGCUGCACAAAACUCAUGAAGAACUCAUCAAGUCUUUGUCCCUGUACAUCGGAAUUUGUGUUACAUAAAAGUCAAUGAAAGUGUG